AUGACUCUGAUGCAUACUAGCAACAACAUCCGAACCCAGCUCUGGAUCAUCGCUCUCUGCAUUUUUAUGAAGAUCGGCAUGAUACUUUUCUUCUGCAGCCUUCAAGUUGAUAACACAACGAACGAGGUCUAUUCAUUCGUCGGCGACGAUUUCCCUCGGCUAUUGCCCCUAGCACAGGCUGGUCCAGCCCUGAUGGCCUUCGAGGAUUCAGUACAUUAUCAGAUGAACACUGAAGAUGGGAGGGCGGAGUGGGCCAGCCUAACACCGGGUAACGGGCUUGUUUAUUUGGGGGAACAGCGUGGUCACCCAUUUUCGAUCUCAAUGUUCCACCAAUUGCGUUGCCUCGAUAUCCUACGAGAGGAUAUUGUUAGAGCAAACAGCAGCGCAGCUCUGAGCCGUCACUGCCUUAACUACUUGCGUCAGAUGAUCAUGUGUCGCAGUGAUGCUCAGCUGGAAAACAUAUUGAUAGCAAGCAAGGAAACCUCAUUACAACAAUUUUUCGUGCGACCUGGGAUAUAUCUUGCCGUGUCCCUCAUGGCGUCCACUGAACUUGCUACGCAGCGUGCUCUGUAUAUUGGGAAUACCAUUUCUGUAGCCAUUUAUGCUCAUACUCCGGGUGUAGGAGGAAAUUUAUUCCUAUAUGCCUACUCUACUUACCUGCUUAUGACCUCAAGCAAGCAAGUGGAGCGCAGGAAAUUUUACAUUUAUUUCGGAGGCCUUCUCUUGCUUCUUUUGACGAUCGCCAGCACAAGUAAUAUCGUCGUCUGCGAGCUUAUGUGGAUAGAAAGGCAAAACUAUCCCGGCGGCCCCUCUGCAUUUCUUGCUGCGAAUUUAGCCGCUUGGUACAACGUUUUUGGCACAGCGGCUGACUGCACCGCAAAUAUUAUGACGGACGGACUCUUGCUUUAUCGCUGUUACAUCAUUUGGGGGUCAAGUGUGCCAGUAAUUGUCAUCCCCGCAAUUAUAUACUUGGGAUCUGCCGCUAUGGCCAUCAUCAUGGUGGUUGAGAGUGCCAUGCCAAUGUCAGAUAUAUGGCAGGGCCUUGCUGCACAAUUCGGCAUUUCAUGGGUCGCAUUAACUGUCAGCUUUAACGUCAUCGUGACUGUAUUGAUUAUUUCCCGGUUGUUAUACUAUCAUCACCGAGUACGAUCUAUCCUCACCGAUGAGCAGAAGGGUGUCUACACGGGCACUAUGGAAAUUUUGGUCGAGUCUGCCCUGCCUUUCACAAUUCUGGGGAUCGCCUACCUUGCUACCUAUAUCCAAGGUGUCCCAAGUGCGACGGCGGUAGGAAUAGUCUGGGGAACCUUUGUGGUCUUGACACCCCAGCUCAUCAUUUUAAGGGUUGCUUCGGGGGUUGCAUGGUCAAAAGAUACGGCCUCUGACGUCUCUCUAACGACUCUGCAUGCAACUUUCCAUCACGACUCAUCUUCUGGCAGCAGUAGUGAUAUGAACGAUAAGAACCUGUAA